CAGAUUUCAAUCGGAGAAAUUUCCAGAUCCGACACAGCGUUUCCUUGGUCCCUUCGGGCCCUGGAAGAUACAAUUCCGUGUGAAAACUCCAAGCACAAGCCGGAGCCGUCGAACAAGUGAGAACUCUCCCCGAUUGGGUGAAAUACAGGAUAUUUGACCUUAGCUAAUUGAUUGCCCUAAUGUCUGACGAGAGAUUAGCAAGCAUGCAAGAUUACGCACGUCGAACCAAGUCAUCAUCGCUGCCCAUAUUUUCCCCAUAUGGCCUCGUCAGCAAAGCGACUUUAGCAUAUGUUGGGAAUAGGCGAGGGACAACAAGAUGUGCAUAUCAAUGGAAGCAUAGAGAGCAGCACCCAUUCCCCGGCUUAGGACGUCGCCGCAAGUCGACAAAGCCAGUGCUCCUUGCAUACAAUAGCAAUGGUAUUGACAUGAAAGCCAUCAUGAUAGAGAACUACCUGAAAGACCUCGGGCCGCUAAAGGCCGCGCUCGACUAUUGCACCCUUGCAACUGCCUGCCAGAUCGCCCUUGAAGGCCGUGGGCCUCCAGAUUUCCAAGACCAGGUCAUAGCGACCAAAACAAUAUUUGUAGCGGCUCUCGGUUUAACUGGUGGCAUAUCGAUGGCAUUGUAA